AUGGCGGAAUCCAGCAAAGCAAUCAAUCCUAUGAAGGAGCUCAAGGUCGACAAGCUCGUCGUCAACAUCUCCGUCGGUGAGUCGGGUGACAGACUCACCCGUGCCACCAAGGUGCUUGAACAGCUCACUGGUCAGACCCCCGUUACCAGCAAGGCCCGUUACACCCUCCGUGGUUUCGGUAUCCGCCGUAACGAGAAGAUCGCCUGCCACGUCACGAUCCGCGGUCCCAAGGCCGAGGAGAUCAUCGAGCGUGGUCUUAAGGUCAAGGAGUACGAGCUCCGCCGCCGCAACUUCUCCGACACCGGUAACUUCGGUUUCGGUAUCACCGAGCACAUUGACUUGGGUAUCAAGUACGACCCCUCGAUCGGUAUUUUCGGUAUGGACUUCUUUGUCUGCAUGACCCGUGCCGGUGCCCGUGUCGCACGACGAAAGCAGCGUGUCUCGCGUGUCGGCGCCCCUCACCGUGUCAAGAAGGAGGAGACCGCCGCUUGGUUCAAGCAGCGAUUCGACGGUAUCAUCAUGCGCUAA